CCAGGUCGUGAGUCACAUCUCCUAACUCGUGCGGGUAUGCUAACAGCGAGCACACGGCGCAGAGACGUGCAGUGAUAGGCCGUUGCACGACACGUACGGCGACCACGAGCACGCAGGGCCAAUGCCCCGUGUACAGGCGCGGCCUUCGAACGUGCGGCCGGGUGGACAAGCUAGUGGACUACCAGGCAGGAAAGCGGGCUGGCGAGUGGGCGUGCGAGCGGGCGCGUGGGCGCGUGGUUGAGCGGGCGGGCAAGCAGGCAGGCGGACGAGGGGGAAGCUGGCAAGUGGGUGCCACGAGGGGAGACAGGUGAGAGCUCAUACCAUGCGGUCGCCUGCUGUCACCCACCGUUCUAGCCAGCCGUCUCGCUUGUCCACCGUCACACUAUCUCCAUCGCACGCCCUGCCGUCUCGCAAGCCUGCCGUCUCAUGGGCACGUCGUCUCGCAGGUCCCCUAUCUCGCAGGCCCGCCAUCUCGCAGUCCCGCCUGCCGUCCCUCGCGCCCACUAUCUCGUACGCUCUGCCUGCCGUCUCGCUCGCCCGCCGUCUCGCUCGCUUGCUGACUCGCUUGCCUGCCGUCUCGCUCAUACGUCGUCUCGCCCGUCGUCUCGCCUGUCGUCCCUUGUGCCCACCAUCUCGUACGGUCUGCCCGCCGACUCGCUCGCCUGCCGUCUCGCUCACCUGUCGUCUCGCCCGUCGUCUCGCCCGUGUACCGUCUCGCCUGUGCACUUGGCGCCCCUCUCGCCCGUGCCCUCUUGCUCGCGCCCUCGCGCCCUCGCGCCCUCUCGCCCACACUCUCACAUGCACCUCUCGCCCGUGCCCUCCUCUGCUCUGCUCGGCCGGCACUCAUGCACACGAUCGCCCACGCGAUUGCUCGCUCGUCCGUGCACCCACUUGCCGACAGACCCGCUUCCUUGCUCGUCGACCCGCGGACCCUGCACGGACCCGCCGUGACCCGCCUUUAACCCGUACCCGUUGGCACGGGUCAGUACCCGGGGCGGGU